AGUUGUUAGACAAGAUGCCUAAAGAAAAGAACAACGCAUUGCUUCUGGUCUAAAGCGAGAGCAUCAAUGUUUUUGCAAGGGUGACGUUAUAGGGUUGGUGGGCAUAGGUUGCUAGAUGUUGUGACCCGGUGUACCCACAUUCUAGAGAAUAUGCUCAGUAAUUUGGGAGAUUCUGAUGGAGUCUUCCUUGCGAGGAUCUUGCAGGAGUUUUUCUGAACUAUGUAAAGAAAAGUUGCUUUGGUUUCUUACAAUCGUGUCUCUUUUUGAACUGCAGGUCAUGAUAUUUGAUUUAUAUAACACAUCUACAUUGUUUGCAGAUCACUAAGGCUCAUACUGAAGAGUUUGAAGCAAACUACAGAGGAUCUGACACAUAGAAAAAGGAUUUGAUUGACCUGUAUAAGAAUUUCAAGGGUAACAUGAACAGGAGGCAAAAGAAAAGUUCUAGCAAUUGCAUAAGGUGAUGUCAAUUCUUGUUGUUGAGGAGAAGAGGGCGCUCAAUGAUCAAACUGGUUGUGUUGAUGAUUCUAUGAGACCUUGCAGGAGCUUUUUCCGAACUAUGUACAGAAAGAUCACUGAGGCUGAUAUUGAAGAGUUCGAAGCAAACUAUAGAGGAUCUGACUCAGAGAAAAAUGAUUUGAUUGACUUGUACAAGAAGUACAAAGGUAAUAUGAACAGUAAAUCAGAUGGACCUGUGUCACUGUUUUAUGAAGGAAGAUCACAGAGGAAUCAAGUUGAGUAAGUCGAGGUGGUCUAUAAUAGGACAAGCUUGCAUGUUGCUCUAGAACAAG